GUUUCUCUUUUGUUGUGAUUGUGUUUAUCUUGGCUUAGCGGAACUUUGGAGGUGAAUGUUACUGUUCUGUUGUGUUUGUGUUUAUUUUGGCUUAGCGUACGCGAAAAGACAGCGCGGUGCACGAGGAAACUGUUUUCUGCUGUGAAUUCAUUUGCGGAUGAAGCAUCUGCGUCUAUGAUUCUGUGUAGCCCGUUUAGUAACCUUGGUAUGUAGAGAGUCGUGGCAACAUGUACAAGGAACCAGUCUCGCCAGUGCGUCACCGUACUUUGCUACGAUGUGCUGAUUGCCUCACAAAGCAGCAGUUAAAGAGUCUAUCCAGGGAGAAUGUAAAAAACUGCUGUAUGUCAACAGCUCCAGGGUGACAGCUGAAGUAGUUGCAUUAACUUUAAGCAUGUUUCCAAGAAACCACGAAAUAGUGAAGUUCUCUGACCUUGACUCAGAUGUUCAGGAGCUCAUCAGAACAGCUGUUUCUUAUAGGCAGAAAGCUCACUGCCCAUACAGUAAAUUUCCAGUAGGAGCAGCGUUGAAGUGUGAUGACGACUCUGUGUUCGGUGGUUGUAAUGUUGAAAACGCCGCAUAUGGUUCCAGUAUAUGUGCUGAACGCACUGCAAUUGUGAAAGCCGUAAGUGAAGGCAAAAAGCUGUUCAAGCAUUUUGCGAUAACGGGAGAUGUAACUCAGGGAUUUAUAUCGCCCUGUGGCUCAUGUCGUCAAGUGAUGGUUGAAUUUGGAACAGACAUGAAAGUCUAUUUGGCAAAGCCAGAUUUUUCAGAUGUUCUAGUGACAGAUAUGGACGCUAUAUUGCCUCUAGCGUUCAUUCCACUGUCAAUGCCUAAGUGAAGUACAGUGUACAAGGCUAUGUUAAUCACAGACACUGAAAGAAAGGAAAGAACCGUAUAAUCUUUCAUCAACAAGUAAUUGUCAUAUUUUCUCUCAGAUUGAUGAUAAUUGUUUAUUGCAAUAAUAUCUGCAUAAUUUUGUUUUGACAGUGUACUAUUUAAAAGAGCAUGAUCUGUUAUAAUAAUGCAGUAUCUCUGUAAAAUAAUUUUUUGUGAUGGUUUUGGCAUAUAUAAUACAGAAUUUUAUGAAUUGUGUCUUAGUUAUUUUCGUACCUAGAUAUCACUCAUAAUACAUGGAAUGCUUGUUUUAAUUUGGCAUGUAAGGUGGCCACUGUGAUGUGGCAUGUAAUAUGUUCAGGGAGUUUCUACAAUAGAAUAAUGAUGUGACAAACUGUUGCAUUUGCCUUACAGAUGUAGAUUUCUGUUCUUCUACUAUCUCACAAUUGUGAAGAGCAAAGACUGUAUUUUGCAUACUAUUCUUGACUCCCUUUUGUACUGUUUCUGCUCGGUAUGACUGUGUAUCUGAAUUCACUUACACGUGGUAUAUGACAUCCAAGAGCGUUUGUUGUUACUUCCCCUUCCUCUUUCUUUGUGAUACUAUACUUUGCGUCACAGGUUGCCUCUGGAUGUGGAAUUAAGUUGGUGACACGGUGAUAAUGUUGUAAAAUGGAAUAAAAUUAUGCAGCAUACAUACUAUAAACUACAUUCCAUUAACAAUAGUCAUGCUAUUGCCAUUAUCUCAUGUGUUAAGUGUAACUAAACUGAUGUUCCAAUCACUGUUUUGCUGCCUCUAACAGUUGAACAAAUGCCAUUAUAAUUUUGCAAUAAGUAGUAAAUGGCACAGAAGAUGAAAUAGGCUGAAAAAUGUUUUUCAGUGCACUUCAGAAGUGGAACAGGUUAUCAUGUUGAUACGUACUGCUGCAAGAGUAAAGGAAUCAUAGCACUGUAAGUAGUUUGAUGCAUAUUAAACAGGUGUGGAUUCUUG